AUAAAGUUUCACUCCAUUGAAUCAAGAUGGCGGCCUACACAUCGUCUUUGGCGACAAGAUGUUUAGUUAGAUAUUUAAUAAAACACACUCAAAACAACAUUUGGUUUUCCACGAGCAGCAUUGCAAAAGGCUACACAACAAGCACAUGUAAUCCAUCCACAUCACCUUUGACCCCCUUGAAUCAAGCCAGGUCAGACACCUCGGUGUCCACCAGAACUAUCGAGCAGCACUAUGACAGUCUCACCCGCUGUGGCUCGCUAGUGGAGGACACUCAACAAAUAGAUGCUGUACAUCAGCUGGGGCAACUGCAGAAAACCCUGCGAGGGUAUUCCAACAGCAUCUACCUGACCCCACCCAAGCCUAUGGUGAAGGAGGCAAAAGACGGCAACGCAAAGCAACAGAAAGUAAAAGACUCCAAACUGAGCAAAACUGAAGAGGAUGAUGCUCCCACAGAAGAGGAGCCCCUGCCUCCCCCACCACCACCCAGAGGGUUCUAUAUCCAUGGUGAUGUUGGCACAGGGAAGACCAUGCUUAUGGAUAUGUUUUACUCUCAUGUGGAUAACGGACGUAAGAAAAGGGUCCAUUUUAACAGCUUCAUGUUGGACAUCCACAAAAGGAUCCACCGGAGGAAACAAAGCACUCCUCAACGGAGGCUGGGGAAAAUGUUCACCUAUGACCCCAUUUAGCCGGUUACCAUGGAGAUCAGCAAUGAAACCUGUGUCUUGUGUUUUGACGAGUUUCAGGUGACUGACAUAGCUGAUGCGAUGAUUCUGAAACAGCUGUUCCAGACGUUGUUCAGGACCGGGGUAGUGGUGGUGGCCACCUCCAACAGGCCCCCUGACGAUCUGUACAAAAAUGGACUUCAGAGAGACGCCUUCCUGCCUUUCAUCAACGUGUUGAAGGAAUACUGCCAGCCCAUGGGCAUAGACUCUGGAGUUGACUACAGAAGACUGGACCUACCUUCAGCAGGGAAACUCUACUACCUCACCAGAGAGCCUGAUGCGGAGGCCUUCAUGGAUACGCUGUUUCACGAGCUGGCUGUGAGACAAAACAAUGUAACGGGUCCCAGGGUUCUGACGGUGCAGGGCAGAGAGUUGAGACUGGAGAAGACCUGUGGAUCCAUCGCUGACUGUACCUUUAAAGAACUGUGUGAUAGACCAGUGGGUGCUAGUGACUACCUGGAGAUGGCCCAGGCGUUUGACACAGUGUUUAUCCGUCAUGUCCCCAUGCUUACCCUGACUCUGAAGGAUCAGGCACGGCGCUUCAUCACACUGAUAGAUAAUUUCUAUGACAACAAGGUGAGGGUGGUGCUGUUAGCUGAUGCCCCUCUAGACAGGCUGUUUGUCCACUCUGGAGGGGAGGACGACCGCGACCGUAUGCUACUGGACGACCUGGGCCUGAGCGGGGAUGUGGGGGACCGUCUGUCUCUGUUCACAGCGGAGGAGGAGAUCUUUGCAUUCCAGAGGACCGUCUCCAGACUGACCGAGAUGCAGACAGAGAUGUACUGGACUCAGGGGGACCGCAGUAACACUACACACACACACAGAGGAUCACAGUAAAGUACCCCCAAAGACCUCACAACAAAUAAAAGGGACGGGUAACCAACAGAAACUUCUCUUUUAGACGGAAGUAUAAUAUAACCAGCAAAAAUACCUCAUAAAACACAGACAAUUGGUACAGUAGGGCUCAAUCAAUUGUAUCCCUUUAGACUGGAGUAUAACGUGACAAGCUAAAACACCUCACGACAGUCAGUCAGGGAGAUAGAGGACUUUUUUGUGUGCACAAAAGCCCGUUUUAGCAAGUAGUCAACUGUGUGGGACUUCCUAUGGGUUAGAGAAGGAUCACAUGAUUCCAUCCAGGUCACCAGGAGGGAUCAGCCAAUUAA